AUGGCAUCGGAGAAGGAUAGCAAAGGCAAAGCUCGCGAGGAAACCAGCUUUCGGCUUGGUAUUUCGUCAUCGAAGGCAACCACCCUGCAGCAGCAGGGUAAGGUUUCUGGAGAACGCCGCGGCAAAUCCUACGGUCCAGAAUCGUUUAAAAUCCCCAGUGCGACCGAGGAAGUUCGGCUCACCGAGGCCGCGAAAAUUUCCGUCGAGAAGCGCCCGCACGUCACGGAGAAGAUUUCUAAGGAAUAUAGGAAGAGUUGA